AUGGAUUCGCAGCUCUUGGAGAUCAACCUGAUCUCCGCGCAGCGGCUGAAGCCGCCCCCGGGGCUCCGGCGGGUCCAGAGCUACGCCGUGGCGUGGGUCGACCCCUCGGCGAAGCUCCGGACCCGCGUGGACCGCGUCGGCGGCGAGAACCCCACCUGGAACGAGAAGUUCAUCUUCCACGUCCCCGCGGGGUUCCUCGCCGACGACUCGCCCUCCGCGGUAUCCGUAGAGAUCUACGCCGCCGGGGGCUGGUACCUCCCCGACUCCCUCGUCGGCACCGUCCGAUUACUCAUCGGCAACGAGCGCCUCCUCCGCCGGCCCCGUGACGCCCCCGCCUUCGCCGCCGUCGGGAUCCGCCGCCCCUCGGGGCGGAUCCACGGCGUGCUCAACGUCGGCGCCGCCAUCCUGAGCCGCGUCUCCCUCCGCGCCGCCGAGGCCCUCGCGUGGAGCCCCGCCGUGGGGUACCGCGACCUCAUGGGCGAUGAGCGCGCCCGCAUCCCGCGGAUCCCGUCUAGGGUUCGCACCGCCCUUAAGGACGCGAACCGCGACGCGACAACAAGCGGCCGUGGGACGAAGGAGGCGUCGGAGGAAGAGGAGGCUGCGGCGGAGGAGAGAGGGGGAUCGGACGGUGGGGUGGUGUUCUGCGGCCCCUGCUUCAUGCCCUUCCCCAGGAGGAUUCAUCUGAGCCCGUCGGAUCAGAACCUCCAGAUCCCGUACCCUGAGGAAAACCCUACCAUCAGAUGAUGGACGGUCAGGAUCUCUCAAUCCUGAUCUGCUCUGCAUGUUUUAGGCAUUCUCUCUUGUUGCUGCUGCUGUUCUUGCCCAUUCUUUCUCUCUGUAGGUCGAUUUGUUAUUGCUGUGACCAAAAUUCUUUUACAUCUCGCGAGGAUAAACUUAUGCUGCUUUCAGAUUCUUGAAGCUCAUGUAUUGAUGUAUAGGAUUGGUGUCAUUUUGAGGUCUACUUGUCCUUGGAUCAUUCAUUUUAUGUUGAUAUUCUACCUUAGCAUUGUUGUAUCUUUUCUCUUGUUUGAGAUAUUAUGUCACACUAUGGAUUAGAAUGAAUCAUCACCGUCUACGAGGGAUUGUCAUCAAAUAACGAAGCUACAAGAA